AUGGACAGAUAUUUAAGCUUCGCAGAGGUGCUUUCAGUAUUUAGAUUGUGUCUUGAUGAUACUACUAUCAGCUCAGUAUUAAGAUUGUGUCUUGAUGAUACUACUAUCAGCUCAGUAUUAAGAUUGUGUCUUGGUGAUGCUACUAUCAGCUCAGUAUUAAGAUUAUGUCUUGAUGAUGCUACUAUCAGCUCAGUAUUAAGAUUGUGUCUUUAUGAUACUACUAUCAGCUCAGUAUUAAGAUUGUGUCUUGAUGAUGCUACUAUCAGUUCAGUAUUAAGACUGUGUUUUGAUGAUGCUACUUUCAGCUCAGUAUUAAGAUUGUGUCUUGCUGAUACUACUAUCCGCUCAGUAUUAAGAUUGUGUCUUGAUGAUACUACUAUCAGCUCAGUAUUAAGAUUGUGUCUUGAUGAUGCUACUAUCAGCUCAGUAUUAAGAUUGUGUCUUGAUGAUACUACUAUCAGCUCAGUAUUAAGACUGUGUCUUGAUGAUACUACUAUCAGCUCAGUAUUAAGACUGUGUCUUGAUGAUACUACUAUCAGCUCAGUAUUAAGACUGUGUCUUGUUGAUACUACUUUCAGCUCAGUAUUAAGAUUGUGUCUUGCUGAUACUACUAUCCGCUCAGUAUUAAGAUUGUGUCUUGAUGAUACUACUAUCAGCUCAGUAUUAAGAUUGUGUCUUGAUGAUGCUACUAUCAGCUCAGUAUUAAGAUUCUCAGUAUUAAGACUGGGUCUUGAUGAUGAUACUAUCAGAUUAGUAGGCUCAGUAUUAAGACUGUGUCUUGAUGAUGCUACUAUCAGUUCAGUAUUAAGAUUGUGUCUUGAUGAUGCUACUAUCAGCGGAGUAUUUAGACUGGGUCUUGGUGAUGCUACUAUCAGCUGA